AUGGCAUCUAAGAUACCCUUUAUACUAGUAGCAGUUAUUCUUCUGGGACACCAAAGUUUAGCUAAAAAAGGCAGCAACAGCGGCAGCAAAAGUGGCAGCAACAGCCACAGCCACAGCAGCGAGGAGGAUAAUUUUCUUCCACCAAGUGGCCCUCAGGACUGUAGUGUGGAUCCGCAUAAGAGAAGGAAUUGCGGAUAUUCAGGAAUAAGUGCCGCAGAAUGUCAUACGAGGAACUGCUGCUUUGAUUCCAGCAUCCCUGGAGUUAAUUGGUGCUUCUUUUCUGAAUCACAAGUUCCACCAAGUGGCCCUCAGGACUGUAGUGUGGAUCCGCAUAAGAGAAGGAAUUGCGGAUAUUCAGGAAUAAGUGCCGCAGAAUGUCAUACGAGGAACUGCUGCUUUGAUUCCAGCAUCCCUGGAGUUAAUUGGUGCUUCUUUUCUAAAUCACAAGUUCCACCGGCACCAAGUGGCCCUCAGGACUGUGGUGUGGAUCCGUAUAAGAGAAGGGAUUGCGGAUAUCCAGGAAUAAGUGCAGCAGAAUGUCAUAAGAGGAACUGCUGUUUUGAUUCCAGCAUUCGUGGAGUUAAUUGGUGCUUCUUUUCUGAAUCACAAGAGUCAGCCCAGUGCUCAGUUGAUCCCCAGGACAGAACAGACUGUGGUUAUAUAGGAAUUAGUGCCAAUGAAUGCUACUCCCGUGGGUGCUGUUUUAAUUCAAGCAUUAAAGGGGUUAAGUGGUGCUUCUACCCAAAACCUUCAGGUUGCUAUGUGCAUCACAACAUCCGUAAAGACUGUGGCUACCCCAAUAUCAGUUCUAAGGACUGCUAUUCUAGAGGUUGCUGCUAUGAUUCCAGUGUUCGCGGCACAGUCUGGUGCUACUAUGGUUCCAAAUAAAAUGUCGUCCAAGGUGUGAUACAGUAACCGAUACUAGUGACGAGGAACAAACCAUUGUUAUGAUUUUUACUCUAUUUAGAUGUCCCUUGAUUCUUAAGUUCAAUAAAUCCUGGAGUCAA